AUGGUGAUCUGCUGCGCGGCCGCGAACUGCUCCAACCGGCAGGGCAAAGGGGAGAAGCGCUCCGUCUCUUUCCACAGGUUCCCCCUGAAGGAUUCAAAGCGUCUGAUCCAGUGGUUAAAAGCUGUUCAGAGGGACAACUGGACCCCUACUAAGUAUUCUUUCCUCUGUAGUGAGCAUUUCACCAAAGACAGCUUCUCUAAAAGGCUGGAGGAUCAGCACCGCCUGCUCAAGCCCACAGCCGUGCCCUCCAUCUUCCACCUGCCGGAGAAGAAGAGGGCGUCUGGAGGCCGUGGCCGCAGCAGGAGAAAGGACACCAAGAAGGCCUCAGGGGGCCUGAGGGGACGGGCAAGUGAAGCUGAUGGGAAAGGAGAUGCCGGUGCACCAUCACCCUCAAGUGAGAACCUGAUAGUUAAGCCAGAGUCCCUCAAAUUGAAGCGGAUUUCCCUGAAAAGUGAAGCCACCCGUGAGGAGCAGGCUACACAGGGCCCCCCAGCUGAUGCUCUGGCCACAAAAGCCUCAGGCAGCCAGGCUGAAGCAGAUGGGCCUGCGUGCGAUGCUGUUGAUGAGAGCAGCAUCACCCCCGACAAGGACCUGGUGGAUAAGAGUGGCAUCUCCAUGGAUGACUUUACCCCCCCAGGAUCUGGGGCCUGCAAAUUCAUUGGCUCACUUCACUCUUACAGUUUCUCCUCAAGGCACACCCGAGAGAGGCCAUAUGGCCCCCGGGAGCCCGUGGACCGGAAGAGGCCGAAGAGAGACACGGAGCCUGGCUGCAGUGGGACCAGCCUGGGGCAGAGCCCCCCAAGUUCAUCUCUGACUGCGACACCACAGAAGUCCUCCCAGAGUCCCUCUGCCCCUCCGACAGACGUCACCCCAAAGCCAGCCACUGAGGCUGUGCAGAGCGAGCACAGUGACGCCAGCCCCAUGUCCAUCAACGAGGUUAUUCUGUCGGCUUCGGGUGCCUGCAAGCUCAUCGACUCGCUGCACUCCUACUGCUUCUCUGCACGGCAGAACCGGAGCCGGGCUUGCUGCCUUUGGAAGCAGGUGGAAAAGAAGAACGGUGAGCUCAGGAGCCUACGCCAGCGUGUCAGCCGCUCCGACAGCCAGGUGCGCAAACUGCAAGAGAAGCUGGACAAACUGCAGAGAGGAAGCAUGCUGAGCCUGAGCAGCCUGCCAGCACCCGGCCGCGAGUCUCCCAAGAUGAACCCAGUGGUGGAGCCGCUGUCCUGGAUGCUGGGCACCUGGCUGUCAGACCCGCCAGGAGCUGGGACCUUCCCAACACUGCAGCCCUUCCAGUACCUGGAGGAGGUGCACAUCUCCCACGUGGGCCAGCCCAUGCUCAACUUCUCGUUCAACGCUUUCCACCCGGACACGCGGAAGCCCAUGCACAGAGAGUGCGGCUUCAUCCGGCUAGAACCCGACACCAACAAGGUGGCCUUCGUCAGCGCCCAGAACACAGGCAUUGUGGAGGUGGAGGAGGGCGAGGUGAACGGGCAGGAGCUGUGCAUCGCAUCCCACUCCAUCGCCAGGAUCUCCUUUGCCAAGGAGCCCCACGUGGAACAGAUUACCCGAAAAUUCAGGCUGAAUUCUGAAGGCAAACUUGAACAGACAGUCUCCAUGGCAACCACUACCCAACCCAUGACUCAGCAUCUUCACAUCACCUACAAGAAGGUGACCCCAUGA